GACAUGGGCAGGGGGUGGGCACACCCACCGAGGAGGAAAUGACCCAGCGUGGCUCUGCUGUGCGGAGACAUGUGUGGCCGUCACGGGAGCAGCCGUGUGCUCUGAGAAGGGGCAGCCUCCUCACUGAGGCCACGGGCCUGUCCUGUCCUUGGGGUUGAGAGCAGAAGCCCAGGAGCCGAGAGCCGGGUCUGCAGCAGCCUGUGUGGCUCCUGACCCUAAGCUUCCCGCACCCUGACCAUCCAGCAUCACACUCAAAACUGGGCUGGGCACGGAAGCAGAGGCCCAGAAAAGCGGAAGUGGGCACAGGCCAAUCGCACCCUCAGCCAGGAGGCUUGACUGUGUUCCCACACAGGGCCUGGCGCUGCUGCAGGCCGGUCCGUGCGGAGGAAUGACCCCGAGGAGGGGGCCCACAUGGCUGCUUCCAGCUCUGUUCCUCCUCCAGGUCCCAGGCUGUUCGUCUCUGAGCGGCCCCAGGCGUGUGACCGGCACCGUGGGGGGAUCGCUGAGCGUGCAGUGUCGGUACGAGGAGGAGUACAAAGACCAUAACAAAUAUUGGUGUGAAGGCCCAUGUUUCAUGUAUAUGAGUUUCAAGAUUGUGGAGACCACGGAGUCACAGAGAGAAGUGAGGCGUGGCCGUGUGUCCAUCAGGGACCAUCCAGCAAACCUCACCUUCACAGUGACCUUGGAGAGCCUCACAGAGGGCGAUGGAGGCACAUACUGGUGUGGAAUCACUACACCACAGAGAAACCUCAUCUACCCAGUUGAUGUGUCUGUGUCCCCAGCCCCCAGCCUGAAGAUCAUCACAAGCACCCUGGGCCCUCUCUCCUCCCUGCCAGUGACCACCGGGCCCCGUGUGACCAGCCAGGAGACGACUGACGCCAGCCAACACCCUCGGUCCCUGCUGAGCAGUGUCCACUUCCUGCUCCUCAUAUUCUUGAAGGUACCCCUAUUUCUGAGCAUGCUCGGUGCUGUCCUCUGGGUGAACAGGCCUCAGCGGCAAACUUGUUAGGAAACACAGAUUGCCUAAGACAACCUGCCACUGCCCCCCAGCGAUGGCCUGUUCAGAGACACAGCCACUCCGACUAGAGAAGAUGGAACCUCAUCCCUGAACCUUACAUCCCUUUCCAGCUUAUCGCCAGACAUUAAACUUUUCAAUGAAUAUAUCACCUACACAAACGUGUGUAUAGGAACAGUUGAAGGAUUAAAAUAAACAACUGUAUGCCCGCCAUUCAGCCUAAGAAACCAAACAUCACUGAGACAUUUAAAGGGCCCACACACUUCUCCCUGCUCUCAAGCCCC